AUGAGGUUUUCCGAGUGGACUUGGCCCUCUCUCAUUUUCGCUGUGUUUGCGCAAGCCCAGGUCGACUCGUCCGUCAUCGGCGCAUUUACAGGGGAGGGAGUGCCAGCCAAGGGGGCUCCAGGGCUCUACCAGGCCGAGCCCUAUAACAGUGUGAGACUCAACCGCACCAACUGGAUAGCGUUCUGCGACAGCGAAAGCACAGGGAACGAAUGUUCCAACGCGAUUGAUGGCAACAACGCCACCUUUUGGGCGACGGCCAAUAAUACGACCUUCCCCCACUUCAUCAUCUUGGAUCUAGGAUCUACACAGAACGUAAGCGGGGUUGCGAUGGUCCCUCGGCGUGACGGGUCGAAGGACGGAUGGAUUCUCCAACACCAGGUCUUCACCAGCAGUGACGGCACCAAUUGGGGAGAGCCAGUGGCCUAUGGCAUGUGGUAUUCCGAUGACAGCGAGAAGCUGGCCGUCAUCGAGCCCCAGCCAGUUCGCUAUAUCCGAUUGGAAGCUUUAUCAGAUGCUACCGACAGUCAGACCACCAGCAUUGCCGACCUCAACAUCUACGGUGCUGCCAGUUAUCAUGUAAAGAACCCUAGCCUUGGAGAGUGGGGACCGACAAUAGAUGUCCCCAUCGUUCCUGUGGCAGCUGCUGUCGAACCCAAUAAUGGCAAAGUUCUCGUGUGGUCGUCCUGGGAUAAGGAUCGCUUUGGCGGCACCCCCGGUGGAGUUACACAGACAUCCAUUUGGGAUCCUAAGACAUCUAACGUCUCCCACCGAGUGGUCACAAAUACACAUCACGACAUGUUUUGCCCCGGAAUUUCCAUGGACUCCCGAGGCUACAUUGUGGUUACCGGGGGAAAUGACGCGGAACGCACCAGCAUCUACGUGCCCUUCAACGACAGCUGGGUCAUCGGUGCAGAUAUGACCACCGAGCGUGGAUACCAGGCUACCACUACCUUAUCUGAUGGCCGUAUCUUUGCAAUCGGUGGCUCUUGGAGUGGUGAGGUGUCAGACUCUAAAAACGGUGAGAUCUACGACCCAACCGCCGAUGAAUGGACUCCUCUGGAAGGUGCUUUAGUCAAGCCCAUGUUAACCAACGAUGCGACGGGGCCUUACCAUGCGGACAAUCAUGGCUGGCUAUUUGCCUGGAAAAACACCAGUAUCUUCCAGGCCGGACCCAGUCGGGCCAUGAACUGGUACUCGGUUGAAGGGGACGGGUCGGUUUCUCCUGCGGGGAACCGUCUUAGCGACUCAGACGAGAUGUCUGGGAAUGCGGUCAUGUUUGAUGCUGCCGCGGGUCAGAUACUCACGUUUGGGGGCUCCCCAAACUACGAGGAUAGUGAGAGCGUCAAUAGCGCCGCGUUGAUCACACUCGGGGCUCCCAAUAGCAGCAUCGAGAUUGUCCAGGCUGGGCAGAACAUGCAGUACAGUCGCGUGUUCCACACCUCAGUCGUUCUCCCGGACGGUAGCGUCUUCAUCGCAGGGGGCCAACGUCACGGUAUGCCCUUUUCGGAGGAUGCUUCGUUGGACAAUCGAUUCAUCCCCGAGCGAUACAUCCCGCGAGACGACAUGUUUAUCACACAGCAACCAAAUAGCAUUGUUCGUGUUUAUCACAGCAUCUCUCUCUUACUACCCGAUGCCACAGUGAUGAACGGCGGUGGCGGUCUCUGUGCCAAUUGCUCAACCAACCACUACAACCUCCAGGUCUACACGCCCCCCUACCUGCUUAUGGGCGACGGUAGUCGCGCUCCGCGUCCAGUCAUCAAGUCUGUCUCCUCUACGAAGGUCGGAUUCGGUGGCCAGAUUGGCAUUGUCACCGAAUCCUCUGUUGACACCGCCUCGCUGAUUCGGUAUGGUACCACGACCCAUACCGUCAAUACGGACCAGAGACGCAUUCCUUUAGACCUCGUGCCAGUGGACAUUAAUACCUACUCUGUGAAUAUUCCGGAUGAUGGGGGGAUUGCCCUGCCAGGGUAUUGGAUGUUGUUUGUUUUGGAUAGUUCAGGGGUGCCCAGUGUGGCGACACCUAUUCAGAUCACCCUAUGA